GGUUCUCCUCAGACGGGUCGGUUUGGACUUUUUCCCGCGGAGUUUUGUCCCGGGAGCCGGCUGGCUGUGUGUGGAGUUGACCUUGUCUGAUCGCUAUACCUCAUGUUUAUAUCUGUGAACUAUUUUUCUGAGUGAUCUGUAGUGUUCGGUUUCGUUUGACAAGUGCAACACUGGAAAAAUCAAAUAUAAUGCCAAGCAGGAUGGGGUCGAAAAUGGAUUUAUCAAAAGACUACAUCAAGAUGAAAGCACACUACAACGGAGACAUUCUGAUCACACGCUUGGGAGCAUCGAUGAGUUAUGAUGAGCUGUGCGAAGAAGUGAGAGAAAUGUGCAGCUUAAAUCAGAGACAGCCAAUAACAUUGAAAUGGAUUGAUGAUGAAGGCGAUCCAUGCACGAUUUCAUCCCAAAUGGAACUGGAAGAAGCUUUUCGUCUGUAUUCUAUCUACAAAGAAGAAGGCCUCGCUAUUCAUGUGUUUCCAAGCAUCCCAGAAAGACCAGGGAUGCCUUGCCCAGGAGAAGACAAAUCAAUCUACCGUCGAGGGGCCAGAAGAUGGAGGAAGCUCUACCGAGUGAAUGGGCAUCUGUUUCAAGCCAAACGCUUUAACAGAAAAGCCUACUGUGGCCAGUGCAGUGAAAGGAUAUGGGGCCUUGGGAGGCAAGGCUACAAGUGUAUCAACUGCAAACUACUCGUCCAUAAACGCUGUCACGUAUUCGUCCCACUGACCUGUAAGAAGCAUAUGGAUCCGGUCAUGCCUUUCCAGGAGCCGCACGUAGAUGAAAAAAGUGAUGACACGGAUAUUCCUUCUGAAGAGACUGAUGGAAUUUCUAUUAUCCCUCCACCUCGGAAACAUGAGUCACGGAAGGAUAAUUCUGAGGACCUCAAGCCAGUCAUCGAUGGAAUGGAUGGAAUUAAAAUCUCACAGGGACUGGGACUUGAAGACUUUGAUUUGAUUAGAGUGAUCGGAAGGGGAAGCUAUGCCAAAGUUCUUCUAGUGCGGUUAAAAAAAAACGACCAGGCUUAUGCCAUGAAAGUGGUGAAGAAGGAACUUGUGCACGAUGAGGAGGAUAUUGACUGGGUGCAGACUGAGAAACAUGUAUUUGAACAAGCCUCGAAUAAUCCUUUCCUAGUUGGGUUACAUUCCUGCUUUCAGACGCCGAGUCGGUUGUUUUUAGUGAUUGAGUAUGUGAAUGGAGGAGACCUUAUGUUUCAUAUGCAACGACAAAGAAAGCUUCCUGAGGAACAUGCCAGGUUUUAUGCUGCUGAAAUAUGUAUUGCUCUGAAUUUUCUGCACGAACGAGGCAUCAUUUACAGGGACCUGAAGUUGGACAAUGUCUUGUUAGAUGCAGAGGGUCACAUCAAAUUAACGGAUUAUGGCAUGUGCAAGGAGGGCCUCGGGCCAGGGGAUACUACAAGCACUUUUUGCGGCACUCCAAAUUACAUUGCUCCUGAGAUCCUCCGGGGAGAAGAGUAUGGGUUCAGUGUGGACUGGUGGGCACUGGGCGUCCUGAUGUUUGAAAUGAUGGCUGGAAGAUCCCCGUUUGAUAUCAUUACUGACAAUCCAGAUAUGAACACUGAAGAUUAUCUUUUCCAAGUUAUCCUGGAGAAGCCAAUUAGGAUCCCUAGAUUCCUCUCUGUAAAAGCAUCACACGUCUUAAAGGGAUUUUUAUGUAAGGAUCCCAAAGACAGACUCGGGUGCCAGCCGCACACUGGAUUUUCUGAUAUCAAAUCACACACAUUUUUCCGCAGUAUAGACUGGGAUACGCUGGAGAAGAAGCAGGUCCCUACUCCAUUCAAGCCUCAAAUCAAAGAUGACUUUGGUUUGGAUAAUUUUGACACACAGUUUACCAGUGAACCUGUGCAGCUCACACCAGAUGAUGAAGAUGUUAUAAAACGAAUAGACCAAUCUGAAUUUGAAGGUUUUGAAUACAUUAACCCAUUGCUGCUCUCAACAGAGGAGACUGUAUGAAGGAUUAAACUUUCUCAAUGGACAAAUAAUGUGAUUGAUCCCGAACUUCUAUCCUUAACUACAGUAUAUGCAUGCGAGGCUGGAAAACUGAUGCAAAGUUCCGAGUAAAGGCCACUGCUACAUGAUUUGCUGCUGGAUAUCAGCCACAAGGGAGAUAUUGGCAGUGGAUUUCUCCCUGAGCAGUAGCCUACGCUCUUACUCAGCCAGAGAUUGUCUGCAUAGAGAAACAGGAGAGAUUCACUUUUUGUGCCUGCCUCAUGAAGGAUCUACAGUGUGUGUUUGUUCCAUCUCCCAGAAGGGACUCUGUGUGCGGAGAAACUCUUUAUUUAAGGCAAUCACGCAAGCAAGUCGCUUCCAUUAGUGCAUUAGUAGCAGUGUGCUUCAGUCCUCAGAAACCAGAUGAAGAAAAAAUGAAUAAAAGAAUAAAUGCAAGUCAAAGAACUGGCCACUCUGGGCUGAUAACCUUUCUCCUCCUGUCCCCGGCAAUGUGGCACUAGUAAAUCUAAUUUCUAAAAUGAAGGGAAGCUGUGUUUUAUUGGAUACUUAAGAAAACUAAAACACCUAAUAUAUUAGUAGUGGAGUUGGAAGAGCUGGAUGCCAGAAAAUGUGAAAGCAUGAUUUGUGCAGGAGAUACUGAGUAAUAUCCCUUUACGAUUGAUUAGGUGAUUGAUUAGAAUAAAUGAACUUGGACAGUGGGGGGGAAAUACAAAAUUAAUAAAAUAGCACAGCAAUAUUGCACUUUUAUUUUUGGAACAAACGGGGUGCAGUAGCGGCAAUAACAAACCAAAACUAAUAGCUGGGAGGAGAAAACAAAUUUGCACAUUGAAUGGCUUUCUGGAAAUCAAAAAUGUAAUGUGCCUAACUCUUAGCUUGUAGUGUAUGACAUUUUGCUAAUUUUAUCGGCUCUUAUGCAGUAUUCAGUGAAGACAAACCACUCAGCCAUAGAAUCUAAAAAAAUACAUCCAUUCCUUAGCCUUAACAGGUGAAGAAGAAAAAAAUGACACUCAAUACUCUUACCAUGCUUUUUUUUCCCUGCGCAAGCACACAUUUUUCUAGAUGUUUAGUUGAUAAAAAGCUUUAUUUAUUUUGUAUCUUUUAGCUCUUGGUGGAGAACGAGAGCCUGACCAUUAAAUAUUCACAUUGGAAGUUGGGCCAAGGGACCAGGCAAUGAAAGUUGUUUUUGCACUUUUCCUGUGAUGUGUAUAUAUUAAAAACAAACUGAUGUCUGUACCCGGUCAUAAAUCCGUGUGCUCUGUAAGCUUAAUAUCUAGAACAGGGAAAUCUUACCAGAGCACUACACACAUUUGUGAACUAUAUUCCCAUGAUGCUUGCGAAUUGAGUUCAUAAACAUCUGUUAUGUCAAGGUUAGUGAUCCCUGAUUUACCCAAAACCUCCCAUUGAGUCACCUUCAAAAUGGUUCAGACUUGCUUGCAGUCAUCUUCCCAAAUUCAAAGUCAGCUUAAUAUAGCAUUAUAAAGGCAAUUAAAUUAGAUAGUUUUCCACAAGUGAAAAACCUAUAUAUGGACUGCUACCACCCUAAAUACACUGUCUAUCUUGGCAAUUUCUAACUGAACAUUAAAUAAAUUUGAAAGACUGACGCACUUUUAAUGUCCUUUUCCUAAAAUUAACACUCACUAAGGGUUGCAUGUAGAGGAGGGUUUGGGGCAAAGUUCUAAGAAUAGAGAAAUGCUUACAAACAUGGUUUCCACGGUGAUUCCAUGAAGAGGUUUGUCCUGAAAUUCUCUGUACAAAUAUCACCCAAGUUUCAUAGAUGAAUACUAUCAAGUCUGAAGCAAAUGACCUCUCUGUCUUUAUCACCUUAAUUUAUACAUACUAGUUUGUAAUUUUAAAUAUACAAUAUUAAAUCAAAGUAUAUCAUUCCUAUGAUGAUUUUACAGAUACAUAUUUUAAUUGUAAAGAAAAGAAAUCCUAUGUUUUAGACGCUACGAACAUACUGUAUACUUCAUUAUUUAUGCUACCAAACACAAAAUGUAACUGACUUAGAGAUGGUGGGCUGUGUGUUAGUCAUCCAUCCAGCACUUAAGGGGUUAAGACCAAAUUGUAUUGUUAGGUGUGUUUUGUUUUGUUGUUUCCUUUAUUGUCCAUUUGUAAUUUAUAAUCAUGCAGCUGUGCAUGCGAUGCCUUUGUGCACAGCCAGUAAGACCAAACCGCAUCAAGGAAGGUGUUUUACAUCUUUACAUCUUGGUCCUACAUAACGUCACACAGCUGUUUUUGUUAACAGAUGUAUAUUUGCAGAAAGUUUAAUGAGAAUACUUGAUUUUAUACAUUUAAUUUAAGGCAUUACAAAUGUCCCUGUGUUGCCAAAUAGUUUUGUUGCUCAUAUGCAAAUGUGUGAAGAAAAAAAUGUUGUUCACGAUGAAAGGGGGAUUUUUUUAAUAUAUAAUGAAGGCUGUAAUUAAUUGUGUGGUUUGAGGAGGGGGGGCUAAUAUAUGACAAAUAUGGCUUGGGUAAUUAGUUGUCUUAUUUGGAAUAGUAAAUGACACUAUAGCUAAUUUAAUGAUUGUACAACAGUAAAUAUGUUCUUGUAGUUUUGUAAAUUUAAAUUACUUAAGACCUUGCUGACCAAGUUUAUUGUGCAGAAGAUGGUAUACUAAUCCAUAAUCAAGAUAAUUUAUAUUCUUGCACAUUAAAGACUUUAAUGAAAAGAA